CUGCAGAGGUGUCGGGGCCGCGUUCCUGAGCACGGGAGAUGCUGCCCAUCGGGAAGAGCGCGAAGCAACAGGGCAAGCGGGGUAUUCUAGAGCGCUUAGAUGCUGGAGAAAUUGUGAUCGGAGAUGGAGGAUUUGUCUUUGCCCUUGAAAAGAGGGGAUAUGUAAAAGCUGGACCUUGGACCCCUGAGGCAGCUGUGGAACAUCCAGAAGCAGUUCGUCAGCUUCAUCGGGAGUUCCUCCGAGCUGGAUCAAAUGUUCUGCAGACAUUCACCUUUUACGCUAGUGAGGACAAACUAGAGAACAGGGGAAAUUAUGUAGCUGAGAAGAUAACUGGCCAGAAAGUUAAUGAAGCUGCUUGUGACAUUGCAAAAGAAGUGGCUAAAGAAGGUGAUGCUUUAGUGGCUGGAGGAGUCAGUCAAACACCAUCAUAUUUAAGCUGCAAGGAUAAAGCAGAGGUCAAAGCGGUCUUUCGAAAGCAGCUAGAAGUCUUUAUGAAAAAAGAUGUGGACUUCCUAAUUGCUGAGUAUUUUGAACACAUUGAAGAAGCUGUCUGGGCAGUUGAAGUUUUAAAAGAAUCUGGGAAGCCAGUUGCAGCCACAAUGUGCAUUGGUCCAGAGGGAGACAUGCAUGGGGUGCCACCCGGACAGUGUGCAGUCCAGCUGGUCAAGGCUGGUGCUUCUAUUGUUGGAGUCAACUGCCAUUUUGAUGCAGAUACUUGCCUGAAAACUGUGAAGCUUAUGAAAGAGGGCUUGGAGGCUGCUAAACUGAAAGCAUAUCUGAUGUCUCAGCCACUUGCUUUCCACACACCUGACUGUGGGAAGCAGGGAUUUAUAGAUCUUCCAGAAUUUCCCUUUGGUCUGGAGCCAAGAAUUGUUACUAGGUGGGAUGUUCAAAAAUAUGCGAGACAGGCCUACGACUUAGGAAUUCGUUACAUCGGGGGCUGCUGUGGAUUUGAGCCGUACCACAUCCGAGCGAUAGCGGAAGAGCUGGCUCCUGAAAGAGGCUUCCUGCCAGAAGCUUCGGAGAAACACGGUAGCUGGGGCAGCAGCCUGAGCAUGCACACCAAGCCCUGGGUCAGAGCAAGGGCAAGAAAGGAGUACUGGGAGAAUCUGAAGCCAGCUUCAGGCAGACCAUAUUGUCCUUCACUGUCAAAGCCAGACGGAUGGGGAGUGACCAAAGGAGCCAGAGAGCUGAUGCAGCAGAAAGAAGCAACCACUGAACAGCAGCUGAAGGAGCUCUUUCAGAAACAGAAGUUUUAAUCCACUGCAGUUGCCUAAAUGUUAGAAUGAUUUAUCUACAGGGCAUCUCAUGCUCCACCAAAGAGAAUGAGUGAGGAUGAGUAUCCUGAUAAUUUAUCAGUUAAAAUGCAAUGAGAGGAACUAAAUGUAGACUAAAUGUGAUUACAAAUUAAAUAUGUCGAACUUUGUCAAUAAAAUCCUUGUCUGGACUAAUAGUUUAAAACCUCCCCAAAAGGAGCUUUGGAUUCUCAUAGUGAUUGACCCACUCUAACUACUCUUCCUUACCUAAGUGUUUUUAAGUAGGUAGACACUGAAAUACAUGGAAAAUUGGCUCAACUCACCAGUGAAAAAGAAAGAAAAAGCCAUUUAUAAAUACUGUGACAUUGGAUUUCCAAUCCUAGUCUGUUUUCAGUUUGGGACCAUGAAGGAGCUCCCUCAGACCUCAGGACUUUGUCGAGGCACAUUAUGGUGACACUUCAGAGUUAUCAGUAGUCACCUCUUUGGCUUCAAGAGAAUAAACUGAAAAAGACAUCUUGGAACCUGUAUCAAAAGACAGGAAAAUUAGAACAGGAUUGUGUAGGAAUUACCUACAUGCAGGACUAAAAUUCAGAAUUUUAGAAUCAUAAUUGUAAUAUCUGCACACCUUAAAACAUAAACGCUCAAAAAUAAUAACAUACUUCCAGUAAACCACUGUAAAUUUCUGAUGAACCAGCUGGCUUUGGGAUAUGUCACUUGAAACAUUUGCUCAUCUCAAGAUUGUGUGUAAUGACCUAAAGAUUCUUAA